AGUUGCCAAUUUAGGUUUUCUUCAUUGUUAUGUUUCAAGGGUGAAGUAAAACAUGCUGUAAUCGUGGUUUAAACAAUAAACUACGUUUAAAACCGCAAACUCGACGUAGUUUUACCCAACUGGGAUUCCGUACUCGGCACUUGCAGGAUUUACGACACCACGCUGGUCGUACGGCCGUUAAUGUAGCGGCUACCAGAGCGCAGCUAGCAUGUGAGAAGUUUGGUUUUGCUUUUUAUCAGACUUUGUUCGCGAAUUCGUAAACUUUUAAGCGACCAGAGGCGUCAUGCACGAAAGGUCGCUCCCCGCCUCCCCCAACUGGUACUGCUCCCGCUGCAGUGACGUCAACGGCAGCGGUUUGCUGGGCGUCGGAGCCAAAAACAUCAUCUUCUUGAUCGAUGUUUCUGCAUCCUCCUGCCGGGUCACAGGGGAGCUGGUCGGCCAUAGAGACUUGGUGUCGGGCUUUUCUUUCUGCCAGCAUCCGGGUCAGAGUCACAUCUGCGUCAGCUCCUCCAACGAUGGGACUGUUCGCUUCUGGGACUCGGACAGCAAGGUGUUGAUACGGGAGCAGGCGGCCCACCAGAACUCUGUCUCAGCGGUGCACUGGUCCCCAGUGGACAAAAACCUGGUGGUGUCGGGGGAUGAGAAGGGCAUCGUGGUCUGUCACUGGUACCACACCGGAGACACCGCCAGCUUCUUCCCGGAGCCCCGGACCAUCUUCUGCAUCUCCUGCUCCCCUCACACCUGGAGCUCUGUGGCUGUGGGGUACAAAGACGGGAUGAUCGUGCUGAUCGACGUGAGCAAGAAAGGCGAGGUGACGCACCGCCUCCGCGGACACGAAGACGAGAUCCACUCGCUGGCGUGGUCGCCGGUGCUCGGCGACGACGCCGUCUGCAGCCGACUUGAGGACAUAGAAGCGACCAGUGGAGCGUCUGCAGCGGAGGAGAAGAGCUGCUAUCUCGCGUCUGGGAGCAAAGAUCAGACGUUGAGGAUCUGGAACUCAGCGAGGGGGAAAAGUGUGAUGACCUUGAAGCUGCCGUACCUGAAGAAGAGAGGCUCCGCAGUCGACCCCGGGGUCAAAGAGAGACUCUGGCUGCACGUCCACUGGCCCAAGGGACGGCCGACGCAACUCGUGUCCAGCUGCUUUGGUGGUGAGAUGGUGAUGUGGGACUUGACCCGGACGGGGAAGCAGAGGUGGGCUCUGUUCGGGGCGUCCUCUGAGGGGCAGAACCACAGCAGGAUCGUCUUCAACAUGAGCGCCGUCCUCCUGCAGGACGACCGCGAGCUGCUCAUCAGCACCUCCAUGGACCGAGAGAUCAAGUGCUGGGACCUGGCCUCCCUGGACUGCUGCUGGACGCUGCCCACGCUGGGCGGCUUCGUCUACGCGCUCCGCUUCUCCCCCGUGGGCACCGGGUGCCUGGCGCUGGGCGUCGGCGACAACAUGAUCCGGGUGUGGAACACGCUGACCACCCAGAACCAGUACGACACCAGGACCUUCUGGCAGGGCAUCAAGUCCAAGGUCACCGCGCUGGCGUGGCACCCGAAGAAAGAAGGAUCCUUGUCUUUCGGAACCGACGACGGGAAAGUCGGAAUCUACGAAGUCUUUUCAAACCGGCCGCCGCAGAUAUCGAGCUCCUAUCACAAGAAGACGGUUUACACGCUGGCCUGGGGACCCCCGGUGCCCCCCAUGUCGUUUGGUGCCGCAGGAGGAAAGCCCUCCCUCAGCCUGUACAGCUGCGCCGGCGAAGGCGUCAUCCUGCAGCACGAUCCGGCCAAGCUGAGCGGAGACGCCUCGGACAUCGACAAGCUGAUCCGGGACACCAACAGCAUCCGGCACAAGCUGUCUCCGCACACCGACCUCAGCUGGAAGCCGGACGGGAAAGUGGUCGCCAUCGGCAACGAGGACGGGUGCGUGGAAGUGUACGCGGCGCCCAGCCUGCGGCUGCUGUGCAGCAUCCAGCAGCACCACAAGAUCAUCAACGCGCUGCAGUGGCACCCCGACCUCGACGCCCCGCCCGAGCUGAGCUGCCUCCUGGCGUCGGGCUCCAGCAACGCCACCGUCUACGUGCACGACCUCCGCGCCGUCAUCGAGAACCCCCCAGAAUGCCCCGCCGUGUUGACGGAGCCGUACCGCCGACUGUGCGGUCACACGUCCAAAAUCACCGGCAUUUCCUGGAGUCCACACCACGAAGCCCGGCUGGUCACCGUCUCGUACGACGGCACGGCCCAGGUGUGGGACGUGCUGCCGGAGGCGGCCGUCUCCAACUACCGGGGCCAUGUCGGUUACCUGCUCUGCGUGGAUUGGUCGCCCGUCGACCCGGAUGUGAUCUGGACCGGCGGGAAGGACUUCACCCUGCAGGAGUGGAGGGUCUCCAAACAAGAGUUCACCAAGCCACCUAAAGGGAAGAAGAUGGUCGACCUGAAGGAGAAGAUGAAGAGCAAUUUCAAGCAGAAGAAGAAGAACAAGAAGGCGCCAGGGGGAGGAGGAGCGACGCCGCCGCCAGCGGCCAACGGCGAGCAUGUGGCGGGAGGAGGGAAGCCGGCGGCGGCGGAGCAGGAGCUGUCCGGUGAAGACGAGGGCGACGGCGAUGGAGUCGGCUCGACACAAAGUCCUGUGCCUCCGAUGGCCGCUUUUGAUUCGCAGAGGAAAUCUUUCUCUGCCGUGAAAAGCAAAGACAAACCCGAGCUGAACCCGCUGAAGAAGAAGAAGCCUCGCUCCAUGCUGCCCAUCAGCACCGCCAUGGACCACCGGCCCAAAGAGGAGCUGCUGCAGGACUGCAUCACACUGGCCUCCGUCAGGCACGGCAGCGAGCCUCCUGCAAGGUGCGUCCCAGGCCAAGGAGAGCACAUCCACCUGGGCCUCUUCUCUGACCGACAGGCUCUGUAUCGCAUGUUUGAGGCAGAAGAGGAGGGCCACGUGGAGGCGGGCCACUACAACUCGGUGGUGUACCUGCGGCUGUGGACCGGCGACCUGGAGGGGGCGCUGCAGUUGGCCGUGGAGAAGGGAGAGCUCAGUGACCACCUGCUCUCCAUCGCCCCCAUGGCCGGGUUCUCUGCGUGGAGCCGGGCGGUGGAGGCCUUCGUGAAGCAGCUGUGUCAGCAGCAGCAGUACCUGAAGGCAGCGUCUCACCUGCUGUCGCUCAGCCGGCUGCACGAGGCCGUCGGCCUGCUGCGCGACCACAAGCUCUACAGGGAGGCCAUAGCUCUGGUCAAAGCCCGGCUGCCGGCCGACGAGCCGGUCCUGAAGGAGCUGUACAGCUGCUGGGCCGCCGCGCUGGAGAAGGACGGCCAUUUCUCCGCGGCCGCUAAAUGUUACCUGGCUGCCGGCGCCAGCUUCGACGCGGCGAAGGUCAUCGCCAGGAAGAACGACGUCCCCUCGCUGAGGACGGCGGCCGGCCUCGCCAGGAUCUCGGGCGAGGUCGCUCUGGCCCGGUCGCUGGCGCUGAGGUGCGCCAAGGACCUGGUCGCCGCCCAGGACUGGAUCACGGCCCAGGAGGUCCUGAGCUCCCAGGAGAGCCUGCUGGUUCACAGGCUGCAUUUCUGCGUCGCCGAGCUGAUGACCGCGCCCGGUGCCCCGUGGGCGUCGCCCAACGAGCUCCGCCUCCAGGACCGAGUGAGGGACGCGUGGGAGACGCGGUUCGGCGUCUCCCGGAGCUCCGUGGGACACCGAGCCGCCGCCGCCCUCCUGGAGGAGCUGAAGCUCGCCGAGAGUCCGACGCCCACCGCCAGCAUUCCUCUCAGACAGGUCCGGCUGCACUCGGCCCUCCACCUGACCCGCGCCGUGUUGAGCUGGUUACUGGGCGACGACGGCCAGCUCGUGAAGGAGCUGUGGCGGGCGGCGGCCGGGCUCCGGGACGCCGGACACUUCCACGUCUCCGCAGAGCUCUGCAGGGGGCUGUUCCCAGACGGUGACGUCGCCGUUCUUUCCAGGAAACACUCCAAAGUGCUUCGUCACACCGAAGAGGAACCGGCGGCCGCCGCUCAGAGCCUGCAGGCGUUCGUCCAUUACCACCGUCUGUACGAGCGCUGGUGGAGCGACUCCGCCCGGGUCCGGGGCGCCGCCCCCCACCCGGCAGCCGACGCCGCGGACGAGGCGGAGGGCGACGGCGUCGGCGCAGUCGCCGACGACGCGUCUGAAGACGGCGUUGGCCCGGCGAGUGGCGAGCGGCUGGACUUUGACGCCUCCGCCCUCCUGUCGGAGCGCCACGCCGCCUCUCAGGCCGCUCGGCGGUCGGUCGGCGAGAUCCAGGAGCGGCUGGCGGCCAUGGUGCUGAAGCACGGCCGAGCCCAGGGCGGGCAGCUCGACCCCGGGGAGAACGAGGCGGACGCGCAGAGCUCCGCCUCCGGGGAGCCCGCGGACGGCCAGGGGUCCGCCGAUGCCGGGCAACGCCCCGAGGCCCCGGAGACGCUGCUCUCUCUGUCCGCCAAGAUGACCGAACACCAGAAGCGGCUGGCGGACCUCCCCGACACCAUCAAGAUGUUUCCUCACCCCGACGUGGUGGAGUGCUGCCUGGUCCUGCUGCACCUCGGUCAGUCCUCUCCUCCGUCCGUGUCGGAGUCGCUCCAACAGAAGGCCAAAGAUCUGCUCCGCCGGUACGGGACGGAGGCCUCGGCCUCCAAAGCCUCCCAGCGGUUCCUCCCGUGAGGAGAGAGAAGCACUUCCACUGUACAGCUGUUUGUUGAAUGAAUAAAUGUUUAAGUACGAAAGUGUCUUUUUUUAUGACGUGCUCUGACAUUAAACGUACUAAUUGUG